AUGACGAUUACUGAAGAUCUUCAGAAGCUCCUGGAGACACACAACACAUUAUUAUAUUGUACUACCUCAUCUAUUAUGUCACUUAAGAAAAUUAUGAGUACAUUUUCUUUAGAAGCAUCAUUUAAAAGAGGAAGAUCCGUUAGUACAAUAUCAGAUGUUUUGAGUAAUGCUGGAUCUGAUACAUCUUAUUCAAUAACUCCUGUAAAUUGGGUAAUGCCAUAA